CAUUUAAUUUGGCGUUGUUAUAGGAAAUCUGAUAUUUUGAUUUUAUAUGAAGUACUACCAGCUCCACCUUUGAAUAUAGAGUUUCAUACACUUGUCUACUAGUCUUCCUCUUGUUAUUCAAAAUGAGUAGCAGCAGCCUGAGUAUGGUGGAAUCCAAAUUACCACCAGGAUUCAGAUUCCAUCCAAGAGAUGAAGAACUUAUUUGCGAUUACUUAAUGAAGAAGGUUGCUGGUUCUGAAUCCGACCAACAGUACCCUCUUCUUAUCGAAGUUGACCUUAACAAAUCCGAGCCUUGGGAGAUUCCUGAAGUGGCAUGUGUUGGAGGGAAGGAAUGGUACUUCUACAGCCAACGUGACAGAAAAUACGCGACGGGACUGCGAACAAACAGGGCGACGGUAUCGGGAUAUUGGAAGGCAACCGGAAAAGAUAGGGCAAUAAUGAGAAAAGGAAGCCUUGUGGGAAUGAGGAAAACCCUAGUUUUCUACCAAGGCAGAGCUCCUAAAGGAAGAAAAACUGAUUGGGUCAUGCAUGAGUUCCGCCUCGAAACUACUUCCCCUCAUAUUUCUUCCCUCAAGCAGGAGGAUUGGGUGUUAUGCCGAGUAUUCCACAAGAACAAAGAAUUACUUGCUGUCAAACAAGGAACAGGAAGCAGCAUCUAUCAUGAACAUGACACGAUAAGCUCUUCAUAUCUACCGCCAUUAAUGGAUCCUUAUAUCACUUUUGACCAAACACAGCCUAACAAUAUUAAUAUUAAUACUAUUAAUAUGAAUGAAUUAUACUAUGAGCAAGUGCCCUGCUUCUCCAUUUUCAACCCUAACCAAACUUUCAGCUCCCACAGCCACCACAUCCCCACCGCCGGAGCUACCGAUGCGUACGGCGGUUUGCCAGCUGAUAUUGGAACGUACUUAAAUGCAGCUGCAACAUCCUCUUCGUGUGACAACAAAGUAAUAAAAGCUGUUUUAAGUCAUCUGAAUAUUAUGGAAGGUAGUCAUAACAACAAUAACCCUGCCCGUAAUACUGUGAACGUAAAAGCAGGAGGUUCUCCUACAAGCUUUGGGGAAGGAAGUUCUGAAACUAGCUUCUUGUCUGAGGUGGGCUUGACUACAAUGUGGAACAAUCAUUAUUGAUUUUUGAGACAACUGUUAAAAAUUUGUCAAAAUUAGAUGUGGGAUGGAAGUCUUUUUAAUUUGUUACUAGUAUAUUAUAUUGUGACCUUCGACUAGAUCGAAUAUUACAUACUAUUUAUAGGCUGUCCAAUAUUAUGUAUGCUCCAAUGUCUUUCCUUGAAUUAUCACUAGUGGUUUUUUCAUGAA